AUGAAUCAUAAUCCAACUCACCAUCUUUCUUAAUCAAUGAGUUUUACCCCAUCAUCUUUAGCAGGUUCAUUCAAUUUUAAUCCAGAUCGUUAAAAAUUUGAUGAGGAGCUAUAAGUACUUAAAAAAUAAAUUAGAAUUAAAGAAGCAGAAUUCAACAAAGAAAAAGCACUUCUCCAAUAAUAAGUUGAACUACUUAGAAUUCAACUAUCAGAGAGUAAUGAAAGAGAAAUAAACCUAAAAAAGGUAAAUGAAAAUAUUAUGGAGGCCCUGUAGAAUAAUCCUCUAAAUAGUAGUAAAAGCUUUGAAAUAGAAAUAAAUGAAGAGCAUCCCAAGGUGGCUGAAAUUAUAAGGAUGCUUAAGCAAGAUUUUUCAAUAAGCCAAUAAAAAGAAAGAGAGAGAAAUAGGGAAUCUGAGUACGAAAUCUAAAAAGAAAAUUAACAACUCAAUUUCCGCAUUCUUGACCUGGAGAAAUAAAUAGAAUUCCAUUUGAGACAAUCUGAAUAUGAUUAAAAUAAGUACUAAGUUCUUAAAUAAAAAUAUGAGAUUGACACGAGAGAUAUUGAAAGUAAAAUUCGCAAGUAGCAGCAAGAUAUAAUUAAGCGCCUUCAAUUAGAAUUAGAUACUGUUUAUGCUGAUAUCGAUAGAUAAGUUAUUGUUAAACUCAAUGAAAGACUUCAAGAUCAUCAGGAUAAUAACUAAGUUAUCAUUAAAUACCAAAAAGAAUAAUAAUAAUUCCUUGAGGAGUAAAAUUAAAUGAGAAGGAAAAUUGAUGGUUAGGAUAAGUAAAUUGAGCUAAACUUAGAUAAGCUAAAAUAAUACGAAGACGAAUUACAUUCUGUUAAAUUAAAAAACAAACAGUAUGAAAAGAAACUCAAAGAGGACUAUGACAUCAUUAAAAAGUAAAAUAUAGAUUACGAAAAGCGGAUCGAACUAUUAGAAUUCCAGGUAAUUCAGUAUAGAAAGGGGAAUCCAAUUGUUUAAAAGAAGGCGAUGAAUACUUUUGGUGUUAAAUCUAGAAAUAAAGCUAUUAAUAAAGAGAAUAUUAUUGGUAAUAAAUCAUAACCGACAGAAUAACUUGAAGAUGAUGAUGAUGAAAAGAAUAAACUUCGAAGAUAGGUAUCUUUGCUCAGAUGCUAAUUAAAAAAACUUGAAAUAGAUAUAAAAGAUCUCAAGGUAAAAAGUUAACAAGAAAUUAAUACAUUAAAGGAUAAAUUAAAUAUUGAGAGGAAGAAAAGAAUGAAUAUAUACGAGGAUAAAAUUGACAAGAAUAAUUAAUUACUCUAGGACUUAUUGGAAAAAGACUAAACUAUUUUCACUCUAAAUCGCUAAAUGGCAAAACUUCAGGAAAAGGUACAGACCUUCACAAAUGGAACUUUUAGAGGGAAUACUCCGAACCAUUUAAUGACUUCAUCAUUGCAUGAAAGUAUAAUACAUAAUGGAGCUUUUACUAAUUCUAUGGUUGAUUUAUUUCCAAUCUAAAAUCAUCAUGCUGUAGAGACAUCAAGAAGGUUAAUAUCUCCUUUGAGAUCUCUAGAUCUUACAAUUCUUAACAAAGAAAAUCAAAGUAACACAAAUAGUCUCUCUUUUUCUAUGCUUCCUAUAAAAAAGGAAUAAGCAAAUCAAAAGACAUCAAGGCAAACAAGCUAAAAGAAAAAUCCCUUAGUUGUUAGUCCUAAAUAAAUAAAAAGAACUCGAAUAAAUUCAGUAUAAUUAAAUGAUAGAGGCUCAAUUAAUAAUCUUGUUGGUACUUUGAAUUUUGUAAAACUAAAAUCAAGCAGAGACCACUCAAUUGCUGAGGUAAACGAAGACCUUUAUAAAGAUUCAGUUGAAAGCCUGUAGAAUUUUAAGAGUGGAAUGAAAGAAAUGAUUACUAGUUCUUAGAUGACAAUGCAAAAGCAUUAGAGUACUAAAGUACAAGAUUAUUAUUCCAUGAAAAAUAAUUAAGAUGAUGAACUAAUUGAAACACUUCUAAAAGAUUCUAAGAAAAAUAAAAAUGAGAUUCCAUAAAAUCUAUUCCUUGACAGUCUUGAAAAUCAUAGCUAGCAUUCAGAUAAUGAAGAGUCUAAGAAUUUUUAUGAUUAACUAUAAAAAUAGAGCUUUUCUACUACUGCAAAUGCUUAGUACUAAAAAUAUCAAAAGAUGCGUAAUUAAACACUUGAAAAAUAAAGAGCGAUUGAAAUUCAUAGGGAAAAUAUGAAAAAGCAGAGAUCAAAAAUCCUAGAGGAUCAGGUUAAUGAGGAUGAAGAUUGUUUAGUAAAUAUAUUGGAGCAUGAGGAUACAAAUAUUGAUGUCUAGCGGACAAUAACACAUACAAGGUAGCAUCUUUCAACUGAAAAUCUUUUUAAAGAAAGUUAAAAUACAAUGGAAAGUCUGAACACUUUUAGAAAUUAACAGAUGCAAAAAUAGCUUAGAGAUUUGAAUAAACUUAAACAAGCUAGCAUUCCACUACCAAGACCAUAGAAAUAAAGCUUCUAGAGAGGAGCCGUAUAAAAGAUACUAAAACUUAAAGAUAACUAUGAGAAAUAAUUUGUUCAAAAUAAUGAUUUAUAAUUCUUAACAAGUGCAAGCAAACUACCACCAUGCUCUUCUAGAUUAAAUGGAAUGAGGAGUAUUAAUAAAAGUCCAAGUUCUCCAGAUAUAAUGCAUUAAAUGUCAACUUCGAGCAGAAAAAAGAAACUAGAGCAGCGACAGGAUAGUUGUCCAUCUCCCCUAGAUGAGGACGAGACAGUGCUUACUCUUGGAAGUGGGGAGAAGUUAAGAAUAAAAGAAGUCAACUUCUAAAAUUUAGAUCAUUAUUAAAACUAAUUUAAGGAGCAAAGACAUAAAUUUUCAGCUUCAAUUAAGCCAAUUUCUACAAAAAAUGUGGUUAAAAAAUCAAACUAAAAUGAGAGCAUGUUCGGCUUUAGAUCUCGCACUAAUAGCCUGAUAUCAAGCAGUUGCUCUGAAAUUCAAAUAAAAAUGAGAUUCAUUUAGCCCUAAUAUGAGAGAUCCUAAUAAGCUAAUAAGAAAGACUCAAAUAUAAAUUCUAUGGUCAAUCAUUCAAAGAUCAAAUCUGUAGGAAUCAACUAUCUAUGA